GUGCUUGUUUCUCCAAUGGACUCAUGGGCCGUCAUUAUUACUGAUUGACCCAUUUGCACUACAUUACUUGUUUUUCUAUCAUUCUUCAAAACAUAUAAAGAGAAAACAACGCACCAUACUUUUAUUUCGCUUGUAUAUAAUCAAACACCAUGAGCCAGUGCCGACUUCCGAUUUCGUCGUCGAAGCCAACCACAGCGGAGAGCCAAGAGUCGUCCCUGGCGCCGCCCGCAUCUUCGUCUUCUUCUCAAGGUUGUCAAUUUUCAGACCGUUUACCGCAACCUCAGAAUAGCAACCAUAUCAGCACCGCACCGUUCAAGGACAAACUAUUAACCAACUCGUCGUAUUUGGCGGCAGAGAUUCCGCUCAAGCUGGGUCACUUUGUCAACCAUUUAUGGACGUCUGGAUCUGAAUUAUCGAGCUCAUUUUUCCUGCAGCAACAGCAACAAGGAUGUGACGAUCCAUCGCUUUGGCUCUUGGGUCGUCGAUAUGAAAUGUCCAAUAUGCAUCUCGAUAUGCAAGCCGAUAUCCUCGAUGCCCAGAAAAGCGAUAUCUUUAAACCACCCACUGCCAAUGAACCAGAAGUCACGCCCCGUCCACCUUCCGAAACGACCCAAAACCAGGUCCCCACUUAUGCGCUGUCGGUAUUGUGGCCACCCGAUUUUUACGAUGACUUUACCUCACGUAUCUGGAUGACCUACCGAUAUAAUUAUCCGCCUAUUCGUCCUUCCAAUCAUAAAACCGAUAUCGGCUGGGGCUGCAUGCUCAGAAGUGGUCAAAGCUUAUUGGCCAACGCACUGCUGACCCAUUUUCUCGGAAGAGAUUGGCGUCGUUCUCAGUUAAAAGGUGCCUCACGACAAGAAUAUCGCAGGAUCCUUCACUGGUUUCUCGAUGAAUUAUCUCCAAGAGCACCGUUCAGUAUUCACCGAAUCGCAUUACUGGGAAAGCAGCUAGGAAAGAACAUUGGGGAAUGGUUUGGGCCGAAUACCAUCAGCCAAGUAAUACAAGCCUUGGUAUCAGAUUUUCCACCGGCCAACAUGGCAGUUUACAUCGCGACGGAUGGCGUGGUAUAUCACGAUGAUGUGCAAGACGUAGCUCGUGGUAAAAAGUCUCGAGGUGAAUUCACUUAUUUCCCUACGCGCACCGCUAGUCCGGAAGCCGACGGUCUCGACGAAGCUCGCAAAUUAUACACAAACUCAAACACAAACGUCCCAAAGCAGAGCGUCGGUCCCUUCAAGCCUAUUCUUAUCCUGAUAGCCAUCCGACUCGGUAUCGAUAACUUUCAUCCGCUGUACCAUGCCGCACUCAAGGCUUAUUUUGAAUUACCCAACUUUGUUGGUGUUGCUGGCGGGCGGCCAAACUCAUCACUGUAUUUCAUCGGACUGCAAGGGGAUGAACUCAUUUAUUUGGAUCCUCAUUUUUCUCGCCCUGCGUUGGAAACCAAAAGUCUAGCAGAAUACACGGAAGCAGACUUUGCUACCUAUCAUUGUACAAUCCCACGUAAAGUCCAUAUUUCGCAUUUGGAUCCCUCCAUGAUGCUAGGCUUUUAUUGCUCGAAUGAAAGUGAAUUUCAUUUAUUCUGCGAACGCAUAUCAGAGAUUGCGCGACAGUGUACACCCAUAUUUACUAUUGAACAACGAGCUCCCGAGUAUAACGAGGAUGUCAGAAGUGAAAAUGACUUCGGCAUUGUCAGUGAUGAUGAACCCGAGUUUUCCGAAGACGACGCAUUGUAGUGAUGAAGAUAGAUAUAAAGGGAGAAUGGAGUAUGU